AUUAUCUAUUAAACAAUGAAGAUGGUUUUGAUAUCGAUUCUUUUCAUGUAAGCUUAUAGUCUUAGAAUCACUAAUCCAAAUGUAACAGUAAUAGAUGAGACAUUUACUACAAACAGCUUUUACAGAUAAGUGUCUGAAAAUAUCGAAAUUCCUUAUGGAGCGUAUAUAUAAUCCAUAUCAUUAUAGUUAUCCAGGGGUAUUUGCGAUAGACUUACAUUAAAGAGUAAAAGGAGAGAUUAGCAAUUAAAGCAUUAAUUUAGGAGAUUUUGAGAAGGUAGAGGAAGAUAUUUUAGAAGAAGAUGGUUGUUUUUCAAUUUAGAGGAACAUUGAAAUAAGUUUAAAAUUGAAACUUUGGCUUGAUAAGAGUGGAUUAACAAGGGAUAUAUAUUGUACUGAUGUUGCAUUGGCUGAAGAUUUUAAGAAGGCUUAUGUUGUUAGAAAUGACUUUAUAAUUAUUUAAGUAGAUUUGAAUUAGGGAUUAUAUAUAAUAUAGCUUGAACCUUAUAAAUUUUCAUUUGCAGAAUUACUUAAUUAUGAUGACGAAAAUAAUGAUUACCAUCCUUAUUUAGUCAGAGACAAAAAAUCAAAUAAGAUUUUUAUAUUCACUACAAAUGGGGGUGUGAGUUUUGAUAGUGGGAAUGGGUCUGAUAUAUAAUUUAAAAUUGAAUAAGAAAUCAAAAAAAGAGAUUAAAUCUAUAAUGUUCAUUAUAAUGAAAAACAUUAAUUAAUUUUUGUGGCAUGUGGUUAUGAAGGUGUAGAUAUAUAUAAAAUAAAUGAUGGUGGAACAUUACAAUUAUUAUAAGAUAUUUCUACGAAAUAGUUAUAAGUUGAAAGUUAAAUAGUUGAUGUGAAUAGUAAUGGAGAAGAUGGUUUAUAUGUAUUAGAUAAAGAGAAAGGGUUAAAGUUUUAUAGGAUUAGAAAUUUAAUGCUGGUUGAAUAUGAAUUCACAGUUACUAUUUCUAAUGGAUAAAGUUUUGAUUUUUAUGAGAAUACAUUUUUUAUUGUUGCAAAAACAAUUAAUAAGUAAGAUAUUGCUGUUGAAGUCUUUGUUAAUUAAGUAAGUUAAGAAUAUUACAUAAAUAAUUAUUUUUAUGAUUAAAUGACAAUAAAUGACGUAAAUGUAUUUUAAUAUUAUGCUGUCUUGAUUGGAGAUGAUGGUCAUUAGAUAAUAUAUCACUCAAUUUAUUAAGGUAUAAAUUAAUAUAAUAAAAUCAAGGAUUUUUAAAUGAAAAUUUAAUAUCUCAUACAACAUUCUAUUAACAACAUUUGAUAAAAGUUUAGGAGUAUGGAUUUGAAGGACAGGAAUGGUCAAAUUAAAGAAUAUUUGCAGCUAUUAGUAAAUAUGAAUUCUAGUUGAUAAAUAUCAUAAUGAAUAAUCCUAAGAUUGAAUGUAAAUACAGUGAUGUAGGAGCAAGAUAAUUUUAUGUCUAGAUAAAUUCUACAAAUUGCGUACAAAAAGAUAAUCAAAAUAAUUUAAAUUAUCAAUUUACUUUAUGUAAUAUAUCUCAUUCAUUUACAUUUACAACAACAGAGGUAGAUUAAAAAUUUAUAAUUAUUAGUUACCAGGAAAUUAUAAUACAUAUGCAUAUUAUACACUAACUAUAUAUGUAUUAAUAGUACUUGGUAUUUGGUUAAUAGUCCUUUUUUACUAUUUAAUAAAGAAGUGGGGAUAUAAAAUAAAAUACUUAAUUUGGAGAAAGAAAAUUGUUGAUGCAACAGCUCCUUAUAAUGAAAAUUUUGAUGUAAAAGAAACAGAAUUACCACAAACAUCAAAAUAACAAUGAAAUUGACAUUUAUAAAUAAUAUAUAUAAUGUAUCUCAAAC